AUGUCGUGGAAACGACGCGAAGUUUCAGCGAUGAUGACGGCGACGACGAGGAGAUAUCUCCUCCUCAGGCAUCUCUCCUCCUCAUACACAAGCGGAAAAGGAGGUGGAGCACACGCGCGCAUCGGUAGGGGCUUUUGGAGGCGUCAAUAUCAUCAUCAAUGUGCGAGCUUUACGAAGAGCGCUUUCCCCGUGGUUUCCCGGGAAGGAUUAGUGUUUUGGAGAGGAUUCGCCGCGCGGAGUAGUACGAACACCGCGCGCGAUGGCGGAAGGAACCAGGCGUUUUCGAGUGCUUCAUCUGUGUUGUCUUCGAACAGAAGCGCUUCGAGCAGCAGCGGGGGCGAGACAGACGACGACAGUGAUGAUGAGAACAAGAACUACUCAGAGAGAGAAAAAGAAGAGCAAAAACGAGGACUACUCCUGCGAGAAGAAGGAACAUCCGAAACAUCCUCUUCUUCCUCUGUGACGAACAAAAUCGUAAACAUUCCAAACGCGUUAUCCGUGGGUCGAGCAGUAUCCGGUCCAAUCAUAUCUUACAUGAUCAUCCAAGGUCCAGAUGUGUAUUCGAGCGAGCUCGUGUUGACGUCGAUAGCGCUGGCGGGGAUUUCGGAUUACGCGGACGGGUACCUGGCGAGGAGAUGGAACCAAACGAGUAAUUUCGGUUCUUUUUUCGAUGCCGCGGCGGAUAAGAUUUUCGUCAGUUCCGUCGGGGUCGGGAUGGCGGCGUCUGGGCAGCUGCCGGCGUGGAUCGUUGGUCUGUUCGUGUUGAGGGAUUGUGGUUUUUUAGCGAGCGGGUUUUGGCGGCGAGCGAACGCGCUCAAGUUUGAAAAUUUGACGUGGCGACAGUAUUUUGCCAUCGACACGGUGAAGAGGGAGGAUGAAAGGGAGGACAACGGAGUCACAGAAGAGAGCGGUCGUGGUGAGAGCAGCAGUAGCGUGGAGAAUAGCGACACCUCUCGAGUGGCGGCACGGAAAGAGAAAAGCGAUUGGGAAGCGUUCAACUCCACGGAAAAGUGGGAACCGCUCUUCGUCGGCAAAGUCGCCACGGCGUUACAAAUGGGUCUCCUCGCUGUCGCGUGCGGGCAAACGCUCGACCACAUCCCGCUCCUCUUCGACACGUACGAGACGCAAAAGCAAGUCAUUUCCACCACGACUGAAAACUUUGCCCACUUCACCUUCGCCGCCACCGCCUACGCCACCGCGCAUUACGCCAAAGCGUACUUCUCGCACCCCGGAUGGAAAGAACUGAAACAAAAGCGAGAAGAGAGAAGAGAAGAGAGAAGAGAUUACGUCCGAGCGAGCGUUCGCGAUAUUCGCGAUUCCGCGAAAACCAAGUACCGAGUGAGCAAAGAGAAAAUUUUACAACGCGUGGCGAAAAGCGAAACCGACUUUCGACAAAGACGACAGAGCUUAAAGCGACACAGGCAACACCAACAUCAGCAGCAGCAAGAGACGACGACAUAA